UUGUGCUUCUGUUCCUGAGUUUGAUGUAUUUCUACAAACAUACAUAUAAAUGCUAUGAAGGAAUUGCUUUCAUAACCACAACGCCCAGCUAGGCAGGGUACCAGCGCAACUCACCAGGGCACUGGCAGGUGCGAGCUUGGGGAUCCCUCUCUCAUCAGUGGGGGAAUUACACCCAAAGCCCAUCCAACCUACCUACAGCUUUUACCUGCUGGCCCUCCUCCUGCCUUUUCCUGUUGAUCAGAGGAGGUGAGGGGCCCCCCGGACAGACUAGUGAGUGGGGCAGUCGGGGGGUGAUUCCGAUGUGCAACGGUUCCGGGCCGUGACCUUUAACAUCCAGAAUCAACCCUGCUGGGUGCUGCCCACACCACGUCCACCCCUGCAGCCAUGUCGAAGGACGAAGUGAGCUGCAAGCUGACGUCGGUCUACAAGCACAAGGAACGAAAGCCUAAGAAACCCCAUUACAUCCCAAGGCCAUGGGGGAAGCCGUACAACUACAAGUGCUUCCAGUGCCCUUUCACGUGCAUGGAGAAGUCCCACCUGUAUAACCACAUGAAGUACAGCCUGUGCAAGAACUCACUUUCUCUGCUUAUCGAGUCCGACUGGCCCUACAAGAAGGGGAACUUGCUGCACCCUGAGCUCCGUCUCCUGCAGGCCACGGAGGCUUCCCGGCUCCGCGGGAGGAGACACGAGCAUGAGGCCUGUGAAUCCCCGGCUGUGGCGAGAGGCAUGGCUAAUCCCAAGCAGGCCACAGAUGGGGACAGUGAAGGUGACAAGGUGUCGGCAGCGGCUGAAGCCCUGCCUUCUGAAGGGAUGACCACAGAUGCCAGCCAGUUCCAAGAGGAGGAGGAGGAAGAUGUUGCCGGGCUGCUGAGGGAGAUGGAUGCAGGAGAGAAGAAGGAGAAAGUGAAGGAGAUGGGUUGCCCUGGUGACCCAGCCGAGCCAGACUCCCUGCUCUUCAGGUUCAAGAACAAGAGGGACAAGCCUUGCAAAGAGGCUGAGCCUGACUUCAUCAUCACGGAUGUUUUCUCCCUGAAGAACCAUGCAACGAAGGGCAAGGAAAUGGCUCCUCCACAGAUAGAAACCAAGCCAAAGCAUUGCAAGGGGCCAAAAAAAUGCCUGGGGAGUGGCGGGGUCCUCAUGGAGCAGUGGAAGCUGGUCGCCAAUGGACAAAGAAGGGGUACCACUGAAGUCUCCUCACCAUGUACCGAAGGCAACAUCAUCCCCUGCUAUCCCCCUCCAGCCUACAGCGACUACCAUGAACCUCAGGGCCUCAACCUCUCAUUGCUGGGUAUCAACUACCCGCUGAACCCCGGCCUCUUCUCCUAUCUCGGUCCCAGCAUGGCCAAUAGCACCACGCCACAUCCACAGCUGACCCAGCUGCCCUUCCUGGCCUCCACCGCCCAGCUGAUGCACCCGCACGCUGGGCACUUCCAGCCCCUGCAGACCCCUGAGCGAUCGGCCUUCCUCCCACGAUUCUACUACCCCCUGCUCUUUGAACACACCUUUGGCUCAGCAGAAAGCAAGACGACGGCAGGCAAAGCAGAGGCCCAGGCACUAGCAGGGUCUGCCAUGCCCACUCCUAUCCAAGCCAAAACCACGAAUGAGCCACCAAAGGCAGAGCUGCUGAAGGUGCCGGUGCUGAAGGCUAGUCUUCCUUGGGCGAAAGGUGUCAGGGAGGAGCCAUCUCCUGACCUCAGCCAUAAAGCCAUGCUGGUCGAGGAGGAAGAGGAGAAAUGGCUGGCACAAGAAAAGGAAAGCAACUCAGCCUUGGGCAUCAACAGCCUCCGCAAAAAGCCAGUGUCCGACAUCUACCGGAACCCUGUGGGGAUAAAAGAUGGGGCCGUUCUCCCCAACAGCAUCAGGAAGGCGGAGUUACCAGUGGUCGCCUGCUUGGAGAACACUGGCUGCUUAGCCAGCUCCUUGAAGAGGAAGUUCACUGGGGGAGGACUUGAGUCCAUGGGAUCUGAAACGCUGAUGCCUGGAAAAUUAGGCCACCAAACCAGUGGUUUGAGAGCCACCCCCACCCAGCUCCCAAAGUCCCUGGACCACUGGCACAUGGAAUUUCAUGCCUGCAUGCUUGAAGACCAGGAGAAGGCCAGUGGCUCUGAUGUUCUGUCCCCUGUGAUUACGGCCUCUGAUCACCCCCUGUGUAAGCAGAACAAAGUACAUGGAACUUCCAUCAGCACAACGGACCCAGAGGCCACAACUGUGCUCAUCGGGGACCUGUCAAAAACCCUGGAGGAGUACCAGGAGGUGGAGAAGAAACUCUCUGACUUGGCAAAGGAAGACAUCCCUGGGCAGAAACAGCUGAGGGAACAGCUGGUCAAAAUCCGAAGGGAGCUCUAUCACAUCCACCAGGCGCUGGAGAAAGCCACUAAGCCCCAUGAAGGCCCUCUGGACCUCUCGGUGAAAAGGUCCCCAGAGGGCCCUGAGAAGGGCCACCAGGCCAAGAAAGAACCCUGCAAGGCCAAACUAGAAGAUGAGAGGCUCCAGUGCAAAGAGCAAGGUGCCAUAAGCAGGUGCUUGGCAGCCAGCGAAGCCAGGGAUGGGGACGGGAUGCCAAAUUGCCUUCUGGAUGCUGAGAACAAAACCAUUGACCUGCUGAUCAAGAUGAGCCGGUCAGAGAACCUCCGGGCAUCAUCCUCCGAGGCCCACCUGGGUGCCGUAAUCAAAGCUGAGCUGCUGCCCCUCAGCAUGCCCCUGGAGCUCCGUCACGUCAUGGAGCCCUACUACAGCCGCACCACCAAGUGCGAAGCAGACUCCAGUGUGCUGCUCUGCACAGAUGGGAGAGCCAGUGCCACCCAAGGCUCUCAGAUCCCGGGGACUGAGGAAAGGCCACUGAGCUGCCGGGCCAUGCAGCACUCCCUGUCCUGUGGCCUCCCCAGUGAGACAGACACUGGGUGUAUCCACAGCCCUUUAAACGCAGACCCAUGAUCCCGCUGGGCUCCUGCCCAGAGCUCUGCGCAUUCGCUGAUAACCUCUUCUCACUCUCAACCUCCCCAGCCCGCUCCCACCAGACAAAGGCUUAGCUGCUGCCUGACUGCAAGGCCACAUAGCGCUUUGCUCUCUAACUACCCGUGACAGGUUCCAUAAGGU